AGGAAACAGACACAAAAAUAACGAACGCGAAGUACUUAAACUAUUUUGAAUAUUAAUAUUUCGCUACAUUCCAUCGUAAUUUUUUGCAAUAUUACGAGAAAAAAUGUUGAGAAAAGCAUAAAUGAAAUGCUUUAAAAUAUGUUUAAAUGAAAAAAUUUUGAAUCUCGGUAAAUUUUAAUAUAGUACAAAACAUUUCCAAGUCAGACACAAAAUCAAAAAAAAAAACAACAAGAUGUUCGUGAUAUUCCUUGUAUUUGCUCUUGUAACGAGAGCCAUGGCGUCACCGCAAUCCAUUAGUCCGUUUGCUGUGCGCAUCAACAAAUGCUGUGAAAGAUUCGAAGUCAUACAAGAUGGCAGAUGCACAGAUGCCAAGACAGCCGAUGAGAAUGGCACCGAUACAUGGCAACCGAUUUUCACAAGUGAAUCGGGUGAGAUGAAUGUUCAUGUGCAGGAUUUCAAAUUCGUGAUCGGGCUUCCGGAUUGCGGGGGUAUGCAAAUGUGGCCUGUUUAUCAAUAUCCAUCGAGUACUGAUAAAUUGAUGCUUUUACCUGAUGGGCGAUUACGACAUUUAAUUAAGGGACCUCAUGAUGAUGAUUCUAUAGCAGAACAGUAUACGAAAAAUGAUGAAAAUCCCUUAAAUUAUCUUUUUAAUCAGGGAAAAUACUGCAUGGAAAAGGCAAUUACUAAACAUAGUCCCAAUGGAUUAGCGGAAUUUGCAAUGGUAUGUCUUCCGGAGAAGGUUAUCCAUUGGACUGACAGCGAUUUCCUUCUUCGUAAGAUAAUAAACCCGAUAUUUCACGGCAUUUCCAUGAUAAUUCUCAUGACUGUGGCAAUAAUUUACUUCAUCCUUCCAUCGCUGCGAGAUCUCGUAGGGAAUAUUGUCACUACCAUCACUUUAUGUCUCGUCAUAAGUCAAGCAGCAGAUCUUGUUCGAAUCCUCACGCAGUUCAGUAGUCACGUAAGCUUCUUAGUAGCGGAUGCGAUCUUAUACACGAGUCUUUUGGCAGCGUUUUUCUGGCUAAACAGCAUGGGAUUUUACAUUUGGAAGACUUUCCGAUCACGAAAUGUUUUCCUUCGUGUGACAGAUGGUCGUAAAUACUGCUACUAUUCAGCAUAUGUAUGGGGCGUGACAACCCUAAUGGCGGCUUUGGCAAUUUUCGCGCACUUUUUCCUCGAUACUGGCGAUGUUCAGAAACAACGUAGCAUCUUCGAGGACCAAGAAACGAUCGGAUGGCUGGGAAUCGCAGUAUUUUUCUGCCCGAUCGCCUUCAUUAUCAUCAUAAAUUUGUUCUUUUUCGUCACGACGAUCAAAAUUAUGCGACGCAUCAACACUUAUGGCAGAAUUCAUCACAAGCUGCGUGGAAGUUUUAUACUUUUUAGCUUGUUGUUCCUCAUUAUGACCAUCAGUUGGUUCUUCCUGAUCUUGUCGUGGCUCGAAUACGAUACGUUAUUGUACACGCACAUCUUUGUGAAUGCCUUGCAGGCUCCGGCAAUCUUUUAUGUCGCGAUAAUCAGACAGAAACACGUAACAUUCCUGCUAAGAAAGACCUGCUGCUACAAUGAACCGGUAGCGACAAGUGAUUGGGGCGACGAAUUGACGUACAUGAAUGGCGGAUAUUAGGCAGCUAGAACCAAAUUAACACACACUUCACGAUCGAACAAAGUCACUCUAAUCUUUAAGAAUUGAUAUUUAAGAGAAAUUCGUCCAAUUUUUUGCCUUAAAAUGUCUCGAAAAAGACAAAUUUGAUAUUUUUAUACAAAUAAAUCAGGGUCGAAAAAACUUUUAAGUCAAAAGAAAAAACUUAAUGCUUUUGCUUGAGAAUAUGUCAAAAUAAACUGACUUCAAAAGGUCUUAAAUUUAAAAGUCUUUAAAGUCAAAAGUUAAAGCUUACUAAGUUAAUUUCAUUUUUCUUAAGUCAAAGUCUUAAGUCAAAUUAUAAAAACUUAAAUUUUCAAAAAACAAAAAAAAAACAUUUUUUUCAUAAAAAUUUGUUUUUUUG